AUGAUUGAAGUUACAAGCUUGUUGACCGACUCAGCAUUGGGCCAUCAUGAUGAGCUCAUCAAGAGUUUCAACCAGAGCAUAGAAAAAAUCAAACAAACCGGGACCGAAGCAAGCCAGCAGCAACAAUGUUUACUCGCGCAGCUCCAACAAUCAGUGGAUCUUGCGUUUGUUGUCCAGUCGGGGUUGGAGCGUUGGCGCAGGCAGUUGAAAUUGUACGGCAUCAACGUUCGCAGCACCCAGAUAUUUGAUCAAUCUGGUGUGAUGGUGCGCAGUUACCUAAAAGAUAUGGUUGCACAGGCCUUGGAUUCUGUUCUAGAAUUCAAAUUAAAAAAAGAGGGACCAUUAGUUGUGAUGCGCAAGGAUCAAAAGAAACGCUUUGAUGAUUGA